AUGAAUGAGUCCGAAAAACAAACGCAGGAUGCUCAAUUCUCAAGCACCAGUACCGAUAAUGAAUCCCAAUCUCAAACUCCAACCCCCAAUUCAACAAAUCCCGGCCCCCCUCCGGAUGGGGGAUUCACAGCUUGGCUCCAUGUAUUCCUCACACAUCUCGUCUUCUUCAAUAGUUGGGGUUUCGCAAACAGUUAUGGAAUUUUCCAACAAUACUAUACCGUCAGCUUAGCUCAAACUUCUUCAUCCAUCGCUUGGAUCGGUAGCGUUCAAGUAUUUCUCCUGUUAUUCGUCGGAGUGAUAGGGGGUCGAGCAUCGGAUGCUGGUCAUUUCCAUCUCAUCUUCAGAAUCGGUGUCUUCCUGCAAAUACUGGGUGUCUUUAUGACAUCUUUGUGCAAGACCUAUUGGCAGGUAUUUCUUGCUCAUGCGGUCUGUGUUGGUUUAGGGAAUGGAUUGUCGUUCUGUCCUGCUCUAUCUGUUUUGUCCACGUAUUUCAAGAGAAACAGAGCGUUAGCAGUAGGCCUUGCAGCGGCGGGGGGAGCAAGUGGAGGUUUGGUGUAUCCGGCUGCUGUGCAUGUAUUGAUUGGAAAAGUUGGGUUCGCGUGGACGUUGAGGACCGUAGGGUUUAUUAUGUUGGCAGCUCAUAUUCCUUCCAUUUUCCUCUUUAAGCCAAGAUUGCCUCCUUAUAAAGCAGGUGCUUUGGUAGAAUGGGCGGCAUUCAAAGAACUGGCAUAUACCUUCUUUACCAUGGGGAUGUUCUUCAAUUACUGGGGACUAUAUUUCGCUUUCUUCUAUCUGGGAACAUUCGCUCGCGACCGCUUGGGCGCUACGACUGAAACUUCCGUUAGUCUUCUGAUGAUUUUGAAUGGGAUUGGAAUCAUCGGACGCAUUAUCCCAAACCUCAUCGGAGAUCGGAUCACUGGACCCUUCAACAUCCUCAUCCCAUUCGCUUUCGCAGCAUGCGUUUUGGUUUAUUGCUGGGCGGCUGUUGAUUCAAUAAGUGGAAUGUAUCCAUUUGCUAUUAUAUACGGAUUUAUUGCAGCUGCUCUACAGGCGCUUCUUCCGGCCACUGCUACAAUCUUGACGACGGAUCCUAAGAAAACGGGGGUAAGGCUGGGUAUGAUUUUGAGUGUUGUUAGCUUUGCGUGUUUGACUGGUCCACCGAUUUCUGGUGCGCUGAUUCAGGUUGGAGGAGGAAGUUAUCUCUAUGCGCAGAUCUUUGCGGGAACGUCGAUUGCGCUUAGUGGAUUGUGUCUUGUAGCGUCUAGAGUAUCGACGUCUGGAUGGAGUUGGGUCAAGGUCUAG